CGCUUGAAAUUCUAUCGGGUUUUGUAGAUUACGAGGUAAAUUAUAAGUAAAAGAAAUCCCAACUCGCCAGAGAAUUCAUGCAACGUUCACGUCCAUUUUGGAAUGACGCACCGAUUGCAAGCCAACGUUUCACAAUCCUGUGUCCGUGACGGAACACCUGUUGGCGACCGGGUGAGUCCCUCGAAGCUCUCGAUUUCAGUUGCCUUGCCUCUUUGCUCGUGUCGUCAUCAAGCACUCGUGAAUUUGAGUGAGUGGGCAUUCCAGGACGAGCCCAAACGAUUUCGAGACUCACCAUCGUCAUCGACGUCACGGUCAUGCAGCCAAAGCAGCGAGUGGUGAUCGUCGGCGCCGGGAUCAGUGGCCUCGUGGCGUGCAAGCACUUGAUCGAGAAAGGCUUCGACCCCAUCGUCUUCGAGGCUUAUGGUACCGUCGGCGGCGUCUGGUCGCGGACCAUCGAGUCCACCAAGCUCCAGACACCUAAGCAGCUUUACCAGUUCUCAGACUUCCCGUGGCCCGCGUCGGUGAAGGAGACCUUCCCCGGCCACGAACAGGUGAUGGGGUACCUCGACUUGUACGCAAGCCGAUUCGGUAUUCUGCCCAAGAUCAAGUUCAACUGUAAGGUGACCAGGAUCAACUACGUCGUGGAGCCAGGAAAUGCAGAAGACAUGAGUGAUUGGCAGACGUGGAGCAGCAGCAGCAGCGACUGGCCAUUCUCCAGUGGCGGAAAGUGGAAUGUUGUCGUCCAGGAUACGGCAGCGGCAUGUGCUGGCGUCGAGGUGUACCAGGUUGACUUUGUUGUCCUAUGCAUCGGGAAGUUCAGCGACUUGCCGAGAGUACCGGAGUUUCCGUUGAAAGAAGGACCCGAAGCGUUUGAGGGCAAGGUUCUGCAUUCCAUGGAUUAUGCCGUGAUGGGCCGGGGUCUUGCGGCCGCAUUGACCAGAGAGAAACGGGUCACCGUAGUUGGAUCUCAGAAAUCAGCCAUCGACAUUGCAGUGGAAGUCGCCAAAAGGAACGGGAGUAGAUACCCGUGCACAUUACUGUUCAAGACAGCGCACUGGACACUUCCGGAUUACUUGGUCGCCUUCAUGUUUCGAAACCUCAGUCGCUUCGUGGAAUUCAUGGUUCACAAGCCCGGUGAAGGGUUUUUCCUUUGGCUCUUGACAGUUCUACUUUCCCCACUGAUGGCUAUGUUUUCAAAGUUGGUCGAGACUUAUCUCAGAUGGAUAUAUCCGCUGAAGAAGUACGACAUGGUUCCCGACCACAGCCUCAUUGAACAGUUCGCAUCUUGCAUGACCCCUACCCUGCCAUCCAACUUCUACCAUGCAGUGGAAGGAGGAAGCCUUGUCCUGAAGAAAUCACCGAGCUUCCGCUUUUGCCAUACCGGAUUGAUCCUAGAUGGGGGUGCACAUUCGUACCAUCCGACAGAUGCAGUCAUCUUCGCUACGGGGUAUGAAAGUGACAGGAAGCUCAAGAGCAUCUUUUCAGCGAAUUACUUCCAGAAAUGCUUAGCCGGGUCGUCCUAUCCUCUGUAUAGGGAAUGCAUUCAUCCACGGAUUCCGCAACUGGCGAUACUAGGAUAUGCCGAUAGUCCCUCUGUCUUGUACACGACCGAGAUGAGAAGUAAGUGGCUUGCGCAGUUUCUUGCUGGACAGUUUGAGCUACCAACAAUAAGAGAGAUGGAGGAUGAGGCUAGGAAGUGGGAAAGAUGUAUGCGUCGCUACGCGCGGGACAAAUACGAAAGGUAUCGGGUCAGUGUCAUGCUGCAAAUAUACUGCAAUGAUCAGCUCUGUCGAGACAUGAGAUGCAAUCCGAGAAGGAAGAAUUCGCUGCUUGCGGAGCUAUUCGCCGGUUACGGCCCCAGUGAUUAUGAGAACCUAAUUCCCGAGUCCUGAAGCUAGAAAUCUAUAGCAGGUAGAAUGGAUCUUCGUCGUCCUAAUGCAGGUUAGCUGAAUGAACAUUUCACAUGGUGGUGCAUGAAUGUGAGAACUUGUGAUUUUACCAAUUUGGAUGUAUUCCAUAGAAUUGAUGGCAUCUCAUAAUGCCAAAGUUAGGAACAGAUUU